GAGGUGAAGGCCGGUCUGAGCUACAGGAGACUACAUAGAAAAACAAAGCGAUAAUCAUUUAUAAUUUCUCUUUUAUUAGUUCUCCUCUGAUUUUUCAAGACUGAGUUUUUGUUCUGAAAAUUGGGUUCAUGAGUUCACCCAGCUGCUAACUUUCAGGGCAAGUCAGGAGAUUCCCCGCGUGCAGGAGCAUCUAAGCUCUCCGCCCCACCCCUGCGCGUGCCCAGUGUAUGGCCAGUGCAGGGCCAACGGAAGCUGCGGGAGCCUGCUAGCCCUGCAGCUGCGGAGCUGUUGCUUAAAGAAGGAGUGGGCACCAUGAUAGGCCGGCAGGUGGUGGCGACUGCGCUGUUGCUGUGGCUGAGCUGCUGUGUCUCAGCUCUGUGGAGAUACUACAUGAGUAGCCCAGAUUAUUCUAUUUUUAGUACCAGGAGUUCUAUUAACCUAGAGUAUGAAGGAAGCUCAUUUGUAUCAUGGGAAAUACCACAAAGUUGUAAAAUUCUCAAUGCUACAUCACCCAAGACAACACUGCACUGUAAAAGUGCUGGAAUUCACAAUAUAAGACCAAAAACUGGAACCCAAAUCAGGGAAGAGCAACGGCAUCUGACUGUGGAUAAUUCUUAUGUUUGCUUCUUAUGGUAUUUCACAGUUGUAGAUGUUUAUCACAACUUAAGCCAGAUUGUCACCAUCUGGGUGAUCGAUCCAGAAAGUGCCAGCGUGGAAGAGCUGACAAGGACCGCAAAGAAACCGUCACUGAGUUCCAUGGUAUUGACCAAGCAGAUGAACACCCUGGGACAGCGUCCUUCCAUAUUCACAACUGAGAAGAGGCUCGUGUACCACCCAGGUCCCUUAACUUCAGAAGGAACCUGGGUCAUUCAUAUGCCAAUGUCUACAGAUGAUUUAGCCAAAGUGUUAAGAGGUAACAGAGUGGCUUUCCAGGACUGCCUCGUUUCAAAUCUCUACUUCCUGCUGGCAUUUCCCAUGCCAAUCAUGUCCGAUCCUGCUGAGUACCUGCCUCUCGCCCUGCCAGCUGGGAGCCCGUUGCUGAUUAGCUGGCACACCUGUAUCUCUACAUUUGCUCUCUUGGCCACUGAUCAGGAGACCUUCCAAACAAAUGAUUCCUUUCGAACCUGGACCACAAUAAGAGCGCCUCCAGGUAUUCUGACUGAUGAUGAAAGGCACGAUCUGAGGGAUGUGAUCUUAUAUGAAAAUGGAAUUCUGAUCCUAGCAGGAACUACUGUUUACCUAAAAACAGACAAUGAGUUUACAAGACUGAACGAAAGCAGUGGCAUUGCUUCAACUGGAAUUCUUGGCUUUUCAAAAAGAAGAUGGUGUCAGAUUAGAUAUUUAUAUAAGUUUUCAGAAGGAAAAACCAUUGUAAUAGCUUGGUCAAAAACUACAUUUUACUGUGGAUAUUCUACAUUUAGAUUUGAGGCACUAAUAACUACUUCAGAGCUAAAAAAAAUUCUGAAGCUUCCCCUCACCGACACCCUGGAAAUAUUGACUAUUGAGUAUUCGUGGCACCCACAGGAGGCUGCUCUUCUGCUGUCCCACUGCUCUGUCUGCGCUGACACCAGGAACAUUCGCCUAGUGAUAUAUAAUGGAAUACAUGAUUUGUACACACUCCAGGACUUUGAACUACAGGUGCCCGUGGGGAGCCAGUUAGAUUUCCGCUUUCUUUCCUCAGCCAUGCCUGAUAUUGUCAUGUGGGAUGAACACCACAUUUACUAUAGCUACAAUAAUUUCACUGAAGCUGGAACUAUAGAAACAAUUUCAGGAGAGACCAAUUUGUCAUUGAUAUCACAGGGCAGCAAAGUCCACAACGUUCUUACAGAUACUAUUGGAAAUAUUUUGGUAAAAAUGGAAAAUAAUGUAAUGUUCUACAUCAAGACUGGCAUUACCAUGGCAGUUAAGCUACAUACAUGGACAAACACGACCGCAAAGACAGGGCUUCUCUUUGACAGAUCUCAUCAAACAUGUAUUUUAUACUAUAAUGAAAAGCUCGAUGAAGAGUACCAGUUGCAGCUACAUCCAUAUCCCUUAGCUCUGGAGUUACAAAGUAUAAAUGAAGAUUUAGAAGACUGGUGCCCAUAUCUGGCAUUUCAACACAAUGUUCAUAGUCAGUUUUACCAUCUUGAUAAAGGAGAAAGUCUAACAAUUUGGACUCAAAUAGUCUACCCUGAAAAUCGGGGUCUCUAUAUUGUUUUGGAGCACUAUGGCUCAGAGAUAUUGACCUGGACACAAAACGUUGAGUAUGAAAUUGCGUCAGGAUUCUGUACUAAAACUGUGACAACAAGGUUUUUUCAGACAACAAAUUACGAAUUAGUAGAUGAUUACUAUUAUUUACAAAAAAAGAACACAGGUCUCACACUUUUUCAGUUCCGACCUAGUGCAAUUUCAAGAACAUGUCCAACAGCCAAACCGGUGUUCGAAAUUGAUACUGGCUGUGAUUCAAGUAAAUACAUUAUUGUUCGAGGAUUUAAUAGGAGCGGAUGUCAACGUCGUGAUUUUUCUUAUGUGAUUGACAAGGAACUUCUGAGAGAAAGCGUAUCUGAAAACUUGAAAGUAAGGUAUGAUGUGGCAAAAUAUGGCUGUCCUAAGACACUUGAAUCUGAAGAAAUGUUUCACCCAAUAGUUGAAAUGCAUGACGAAAACGGAUUUCUUAAAAUAGUAGAAGCAAAUUUUAUCCUGUGGGAAAUCCAUGGCAGGAACGAUUACACUUAUAAUUCUACUAUGGAGGAGAAUGGUUGUAUAAAUGAAGCACAGACGUGGGACUCGAUGAUAGAGGAAAACCCAGGCGUCCCACUGGAUGAUGUCUGGGGACCUCAGAACUAUAGGCCUUGUUUUUCUUACGCUAUUGGGAAGCCAGGAGACCUAAGCCAACCAUAUGAGAUUGUAAACUAUUCUAAUAAAAACCAUUUGAAAUGGUCCAUUUCAUAUCCUGGAAUGUAUGUGUUUCGCUUGAAGAUCUUGGAUCCAAACUAUAGCUUCUGUAACCUAACAACUACUUUUGCAAUUGAGAGCUUAGGAAUUAUUCCCAGAUCGAGCGUCUACCUGGUGGCUGCCUUGAUUUUUGUCCUGAUGCUCACGUUCAUCAGUAUCCUGGUUCUGAGCUAUUUCUGGUACUCGAAGAUUUACAGGCAGUUUAUUUAUGAGCCGCUUCACAAGCCUCCAGGAAAGCAGAAGAAGCAUUAGGGAACGUGAGAGUUAACUCUGAAUACAUAUAAGUAAUUACAUUAAGAAUGUAUGUUUGCCUAAGAAACAUUAAAUAUAAGCUCAUACCAUUAUUAAAUUCAAUAUCUGAAAAGUAUUGUUACAUUACUCCCUCAAAUAGCAUCCGUUAUAUUGUUGUGUUUGUUAUUCCAUUUUAAUGAUAGCAUAUAUACUGUUACAUUUGCAUUAAAAAAAAUCUUUGGCUAGUAUGAUGCCUAACGAUGAAAGUUUUUGAUAGUGAAUAAAAGUGUCAAAUAUCA